GUGAAGUGGGGAGAAGUGUUGACAAGUGCAGAGUUUCAGGCUGAACGAACAAAAUUCCCGGUACGCUAGCAGCCGAAACUUCCGAAAAGUUCGCCCGACGCUGGACUUGGACAGUUCAAGUUUUAGACGAGAUCACAAAUGUUGUGCGAAAGUUUCGAGUGAAUCUUUGAACCUUUUAACAUUUUUUUUUUUCACCCAAGUAAUGGCGGAAAAUUUAGGCAAACGACCUUCGAAGGGGAUUCUAAAGUCGUCGAGCAGUUUCGACGCUCAGGAAGCACCCAGCAGGGCCAAUAAGGAAACGAAGUGGGAUGAGAUGAAUAUUAUUGCCACGCUGCAUCCAGCCGACAAGGAUUAUGGUCAUAUGAAAAUUGACGAACCGAAAACACCUUACAACUACGAGGGUGUUGAUAAUGAGCAUGAAAGAGACCAGCUGGAUUCUUCAAUUAUUGCUGCCAAACUGGCCAGUAACGAUAAACCAAAAAUUUUAGAGGAAUCAUCGGAUGAAGAAGAUGAAGAAACGCCAGAAGAGAGACAAAAAAGAUUAGCGUUCGAACAAAAACGCAAAGGUCAUUAUCAAGAAUGGCAGGCGGUACAAUUGGCACGAAAAUCAAUGCAGGAAGAGAGUGACGAAGACAGCGACGAAGAGGAAGAAGCGGAUUCAAAUUCUCGAUCCAAGUGCGUGCCAUCCUGUGAUAGCGAGCCAGAUUCUGAUUCAAAUUCGCCUCAAUAAUCACUUGUUGUCAGCAACAGUUUUUUGUUCCCAGUUCACUUUAAUGCUAGAAAAUGUAGCAAUUAGCAGCUCGGUAUAAUGUCCACAUAAGCAUUACCUCAUUACAGAGGUUCUUUGCUGACGAUCCUUACGAACAAUUAUAGAGUAUAAAGGUUACGGUUGUGAUUUAAAAGAUUUUUUUUCGAUCUUCUUUUUUCUUCUUCGCAAAGUACCUACCUCUAUGAUGAUGUUGAUUUACAUUUCAAUACGCACAGAUUUACGUAUUAUACGGGUGGCUGCUGAAUUGUCAAUUGUACGCAAAUAGUGAAUUAGUUUUAGAUAUUCCCCUGACUGCAUCGCGUGAAAGGGAAGGUAGCUCCGAUUUGUGUUUAAAGAUGAAUGGGCUGUGUAGAGUUUGAUUAUGAAUCAAAAUUUUGGAAAGAGGAAAAACCGUUGGAAUGAACUCCAUCAAUUCCGUUUACGACAUGACGGUGAAUUCUAACGAAUCUGAGUAAAUUUGAAUAACACAAGCUGAGAUAUCAAUGAUUUAAAGAAUGCUUUUAUAAUUGAAACAAUUGAAUUAUGUAACUCUGGUAUUUUUUCCGAUUCUAAUGUCUUUGGGCUUAUUUUAUCCAUCACAGAGAUUUCAAGAGAUCAUCUGAAAUUUACAAAAGAAACAUUUUUCAGACAAUUUUUAAAGAUUUAGUCAGCGAGUAAAAUGAGCCCGAAAAUAGUAUAAUCUGAUAUAUCAGCUUGCAUUAUUCCAAUUUGGUGAAAUUUAUCUUUCUCAUGUGAUAGAGAUAUGUUUUAUUCGUGUAGGCUGUAAUUGGCGCGAAUGAAAUUGCUGGAGAUUUUUGAACCGAUUUUUUCUAUUUUCUUAACUUUCAAUUCAGACUCAAUGGUCCAUUGACGGAUGAAUCGGUCAAACGAUAAAGUUUUUAUUUCCUGAACAGACAAAAUAAUGGUAAAAAUGUGUAGUAGAAGUAUAAACUCGUUAUACUCGUCAUCCGAAUUAUAUUGACUAUUAUAAGAUAUGUUAUUAUUAGCUAUGAUGAUAAAUCCCGAUUUGUAUUUACAUGUAAAUAUCCAUUAUUCGCGCGUAUGUAGUAAAGUAUCGAUAACGAGUGAUUAUAUCUAUGCAAUCAAUGCAUCUUGAGUUUUCUCGAAGACUUAAAAGUAUGAUUUCUGGUUCUGGGACAUUAAAAAAAAAGAAGAAGUUAUAAUAUCGAUAACAAUGGUAAGAAUGAUCUUGACGAUGAUGAUGAUGAUGAUGAUGAUGAUGAUAAUACUCAGUGGUCAAACGUACUUGAGCUACCUUCUACUUUACCGCGUACAUCAUAAAAUAUUAAUUGGGUCGCGGUUAAAUAUAAGGCGUUUGAUAACGUGAGAAUGGUUUUACGCUCUAAGUAUAACAAAUAUACACACAAACCGCGACAACAAAGCUUGACAGGUAAAAUAUUUACUGAUUUAAUUUCUUUUCUUCGUAAUUUAAAAUUUUUUAAGUCAAUUCGUAAAACAUUAUGCAGGAUCUGUAAAGUGUGAAGCGUAACGCUAUUCUCAGGUGAACCGAUACACUUUAGACUUUCCAUUUUAAAGCUCUACAAAGUUGAACAAAGCGUUAGGGAAAUUUCAUUUCAUUACUACUUAUUAUUUUUAUUAAUAUUAUUAUUAUUGUUAUUAUUAAUUUUGCUAUUAUUAUUAUUGUUUUGUUAAUUAUUAUCAUUACAAUUUUGUGGCUCAACUGCUCUUUAUUGGCUAGUAUUCAUCCAUUCAUUUACUCUGUUCCUUCAUCAGUAAACGGAAAAACUACUCAAAUUAUAUUGGGGCAAGUUUCUCUUAUUAAACUUUAUAAAAAAUCGUAUUACUUGGUUAUUAACUUGGACUAGUUUCAUUUCGUCUUCCAACGUUAUAUUUAUACCCUCCCUAUAAAAUUUUUUUAAACUUUGACAUGAAAUUGAAGGGGUUAAUUUAAUUUAUAGGUUUGAUGUAUACCAGAGGAUGAAGGCUUGGGUAUUCUAUUCAAAAUUGUUAUCUUUUUUCGUUUACUGAACUUUGCUCUGUAGCCAAAGCUUCGUUUACGUAUUAUAUAAUACAUUACAUUAUUAUUAUUAUAGCUUCGCUAUUGCGCAACAAGUGAUUUUUUAGCUUGUGUUAUAAAUCUUGUUUCUUCUUUUUGUCAGUAAUUGCAUGGUGAAAAAUUUCAUGCAGCUUCAGUAUUUAUAAAAGGAAGUUUUUAUAUCUAUUUAUACAUGACGUAUAUAAUCCGUUACAUCUUAUUUGUGAUUGAAAAAU